CUUGUGCCCCGGCCGCUUAUGGCUGGCUGGUCAUGGUUAGAAAGAGGUUCAUGUCUUGUCAAGUUCUCAUCAUGUAAAUGUUUAAAAGCCAGGAUUUCAACGUCUCGACAGACGCAAUUUACAGCAGACGUAGGUUUUUUUUGUUGUAAAUGUCGUGUUUUAAAAUAGUUGUUGUGUUAAGUCAGAAUGUACAGCUCGAAUUGUGACAGCAGUAUCGUGUACUCGGAGGAAUGUUCUGGCAGCAGCAACAUGUUGGUUCGCCGCAGUCUUACAGCUGGCAGGAGGCAGGAAGAGAGCAGCCUGCCGAGCUUAGCAAGCGAAGAGGACGAAGAAGUCCAGUAUGACAAUAUGGACGUAGGAGAAAGGAGCAUAGUUGACAUGAUAGCGAAGGUUAUUGAAGAAGCUUCUGAUACAGAAAAUAACCACGAGGUGCUGAUGGCUGGUAGACGGUACCCGUCCGUCCAAGAGUUUGCCUCAGCGAUCCCUAACCACCUCCUCCUCGGGUCGCUGCUCGAGCACCUGUGCUCCGUGUACGAGAGCAAUCCUGCACGCUCGCGCACGCUCUUUAAAGUAAUAGGCCAGCGUUUAGCAGCCAUGAAUCUUCUCUCGCCGUUGGCCAUAAGUGAUGAAUUUAGCACCGUCAGACUCCAGCACAACCGGGCCUUCACUGAGCUGCUCAAUGCUGCGAGCUCCUCGCUCUAUCCACAGGGUCCUGGUACAAAUGCACACAAUGCUGCUUUAAGACCCAAGGAGGGGCUGUUUCAAGCACAGGCGUCACGGUAUCUUAGUGAGUUUGAAGAAAUAUCCAGACUUGGGAAAGGAUCAUAUGGCAAUGUUUUUAAGGUUAUGAACAAACUAGAUGGACAGUAUUAUGCCAUGAAGAAAAUUCUAAUCAAACAAGUUUCAAAAGAAGACUGCAUGAAGGUACUUAGGGAAGUCAAAGUGUUGUCCAGCUUGCAGCAUGUAAAUAUUGUGGGUUAUCACACGGCCUGGAUGGAACAUGUUCAGCCUGCGACGUAUCCUGAGUCCAGUCUUCCAGCGCUGGAGUCUCCUGGACAAGACACCUUUGGUGAUGGCUCUGACAACAGUAGCUCCAGCUCAUCUAUAGUCUUUCAAAGCCAAAGUCAAGCAGAGACAGAUGCUGCUUCAAGUGUCAAAGAGACUCAACCUAUGAGAGCAAUAGUUUCUUCCAAAGAGGGACAAGUAAUGUGUCCCCGGACUAUGCGUCGGAUCCCAGAGAACUAUGUCCCCUGUGUGUUUCUGGGGCAGCGAGCUCCUAAAAAUGGCUCCAAAUGUCUCGCCAUGGGCUGGGAUACUUCAGCACUGUUAGACGAGGAGUCGAGCAGGAACAGCAUUGAACUGAACAACAACUCCUACAUCGACAAGGAGUGUCAGCAGUGGGCUGACAAAUGCACCAGUAGGCCCUCCAAAGAGGUACAGUUCCACCUGAUGCUGUACAUCCAGAUGCAGCUGUGCGAGCGCUCACUGAAGGACUGGAUCUCUGAGAGGAACAAUGAGCCUAGAAAAGAGCAACUUUCAGUCUCUCCAUAUGAUUGUAUUGAUGCCAAACACACGCUAAGGCUGCUGAAAAACAUUCUUGAAGGAGUGGACUACAUUCAUUCCAGAGGAAUCAUGCACAGAGACUUGAAGCCAAGGAACAUUUUCCUUCGUGGUCACGACUGCCAUGUUCGGAUUGGGGACUUCGGUUUGGCCUGCAGGGAUAUAAUCGUAGAUGGUCGUCAAAGAACCUCUUCUCCAGGCAGCGAUUCCACCCAUACUUCUGGUGUUGGUACCUUUGUGUAUGCUGCUCCAGAACAACUGAAAGGCUGCCAUUAUGAUUCAAAGUCAGACAUGUACAGCAUCGGCGUUCUAGCCUUUGAGUUGUUCCAGCCUUUUGGGACCGAGAUGGAGCGAGUCCGGACCCUCGGGGACCUGAAAGAAGGGAAAAUCCCUGACCAGUUCUGCCACAAGUGGCCGGUUCUGACCAAGAACAUCAUGAUGCUCAUGAGUAAACAGCCCAGUGUUCGACCUACAGCCAGGCAGCUCUUAGAGAGUGAACUCUUCAGCAAUAAAGACAUGGUCAUUCAUGGAUUGCAGCGACGGGUCGAAGAGCAGGAGGAAGAGAUAAUGCAGCUGAGGAUGCAGAUCAGUCAGCUUCAGAACUCUAAAGUCACAGUUACUUUCUCUGAUUUGGAUAAAAGCUGAACUUUAAAAACUGGAGUGGUUUGUAAAAAC